UUCUCUUGGAGAUCAUUCCAAGCUUUCGAAGUUUUCGAGCUCUCUGCUCUCGUCCUUCUUGCCCAGUCUUCUCCUCCUCCUCCUCUCUUACGCUUCUCUUCUUUUCAUUUAACUUCUGUUCGAGUUGUUAGCGAUGGCGCCAGAGAUCGUCAGGAAGGCAGCGGUGGUCGCAGCAUAUGGAAAGCGUUCGGCGGCGGCGGCGGUGUCGAGAAGGGCGUACGUGACGUUCCUCGCCGGCGACGGGGACUACUGGAAGGGCGUGGUCGGGUUGGCGAAGGGGCUGAGGAAGGUGAAAUCCGCGUAUCCGCUGGUGGUGGCGGUGCUGCCGGACGUGCCGGAGGACCAUCGUCGGAUCCUCCGCUCCCAGGGAUGCCUCGUCCGCGAGAUCGAGCCCGUCUACCCCCCGGAGAACCAGACCCAGUUCGCUAUGGCCUACUACGUAAUCAACUACUCCAAGCUCCGUAUCUGGGAGUUCGUGGAGUACCAGAAGAUGAUAUACCUGGACGCGGAUAUCCAGGUAUACGAUAACAUCGACCACCUCUUCGAUCUCCCGGAUGGCGACUUCUAUGCGGUGAUGGAUUGUUUCUGCGAGAAGACUUGGAGUCACACGCCGCAAUACGAGAUUGGAUACUGCCAGCAGUGCCCGGAUAAGGUAUCCUGGCCGGAGGACAAGCUUGGACCCCGGCCGGCGCUCUACUUUAACGCCGGGAUGUUCGUCCACGAGCCCAGCCUCGCCACCGCCGAGUCUCUCCUUAAGGCCGUCAGGUCCACUCCCCCCACCCCGUUCGCCGAGCAGGACUUUUUGAACAUGUUCUUCAAGGAUGUUUACACGCCGAUCCCUGGGGUUUACAAUUUGGUCCUCGCGAUGCUGUGGAGGCACCCGGAGAACGUGGAGCUGGACAAGGUCAAGGUGGUCCACUACUGCGCUGCGGGGUCGAAGCCGUGGAGGUACACGGGGAAGGAGGCGAACAUGGAUCGGGAGGACAUCAAGACGCUGGUGAAGAAGUGGUGGGAAACAUACAACGACGAGUCGUUGGACUACAAGGGACCGGCGGUGGCGGAGGCCGCGGUUCCGGCGACAGCGCAGGCGCCGGCGCCGGCGGACGGGUUGAAGCAGCCGUUCCUGGAGGCCCUGUCGGAGGCUGGGGUGGUGCAUUACGUGACUGCACCCUCGGCGGCAUGAUAUGGGGAAGCCGCAAUGGCGCUCUCGGGCUCCCUUUUUUUUUUCUCAAGAUUAAUAAGUCUCUUUUGGAAAAAUAGUGUCUUUGGACUUUGUUAAUAUUUGGAAUGGAUAAAUAAUAGUGUGUUUCUAUAAAGCAGAUUAUGACCUAAGAAAAGGGGGAAAGAAAGGGUUUAUAGGGUAAAGAUGUUCUCAAAUCGCGGGAUUGCAGUUAUUUGUUAACUAUUUGCAAUUCAUGCUGGUGUAUAAUAUGGAGUGAUUGAAAAAGAAAAAAAAAAAAGUUCUGAAGAAGAAAAAAGUUGGGUCUGAAAAA